AAAAAAAAAAAAAAAAACUAAUUUAUUUAUUUAGAAUAAUAAAACAAAUAAAGAAAUGUCAUUAUUUAAAUUGCAAAAAGUUAUGGUUUUUUUUCAAGAACGUGAACACCCCAUUGUAUUCGAAGAUAUGAAGGACCAGAAAUUAGUAUUGAAAGAGAAAUGUAAAUAUAAAAUCAAAUAUGUUUUUAAUGUUAAUAAUCAAGCAAUUAAGAAUCUUCAAAAUAUAACAUCCUAUUUCAAAGCUGGCCUUUGUGUUAGUAAGGAUACAGUCUCAUUCGGAGAUUUUAAUGAAUCAUCCUCCACCUACGAAGUAACCGUUCCAAAAGAGGGUUGGAACGAAGCUCCAAGUGGUUUUCUUGCAAGAGGUUCUUAUCGUGCUAAAAUUCAAUUUACAGGUAACGAACAAAAUGUUAAUUUUGAAGUUCCAUAUAGUGUAGAAAUUAAAAAUGCAUGGGAAUAAAUAAAUUAUAAUAUAGGAAUAAAAAAAAUUGUACCAGAAAAAUUAAUAAACAAAAAAACUAAAUUAAAAGUACACC